GCUUGAUUUUUCAUUUGUAUUGUUUAGUAAAGUUGUGUAUAAUAUAUUAAGUAAUGGCUCAAAUUUGUGUCCUUGAGGCAAGUGUGCAACUAAAAUCUUGUCCUCAAAAGUUCUUCAACUUCCUUAAGAACCAAAGUGAACACAUUCCAAAUAAAGCACAGAGUGAAAACGUGCAUGGCGUUGAGAUUCAUAAAGGCGAUUGGAACACUCCUGGCUCUGUCAAGAUUUGGAAAUUUACCAUAGAAGGAAAGGAGGAGAUAUUCAAUGAAAAGAUUGAAGUGGAUGAAGUGAACAAGACAAUAACAUAUGUUGCUGUGGGAGGGAAUGUGUUGGAGUUGUACAAAAACUACAAGGCCAUUGUGAAAGUUGAGAAUCGAAAUUUAAAGUUGAGAAUAGAAUACGAGAAGCUUGAUGAUGACACCCCACCUCCAAAGAAAUACCAACAGUUUAUCAUUAAUAUUGUUAGAGACCUUGAUGGAAACUUAGUUAAAGGUUAACAACCUAUAAUCUACAAGGAGAGAUCAAAUUACACUGAUAAUAACUUGAACUCUCUUUGUAUACACUGUGUUGUGUGUACGUGUGUAUGUAUUUUGUGUUUGUUUGAUUCACUUGGGUUUAUUAGUCUAAUUUGUUUUGUGUUAUGGUGUUGAACCAUCAUCUUGUACGUAUGGACUUAUAUAAUAUGUGCAUCAGUGGUAAGAUAUUUGAAAA